CUGUGGAGCCGAGAAAUUGGUCUGUCUCUUCCAUUUAUGCUCAGCUGACCGCGGGUUUUACCCAGUCAUCCCGCUGCUGCUCUCGAACUGCGAGUGUCCUAGAACAGAGAGAGCAUUUUUCUAAGCAAAAAGACAGCAUUUUUCCUGGACCCCAUUUUGUUUUUAUUCAAUAGCUAAUUGAGAAAAUAUAGUAAUCCUCCAAUAUAUUGACUGUACUUGUGGAAUUCAUAGUUGAUGCUUUGAAUAUGUGAGUUGAUUCAAUCGGGUAUUCAGUUCUUUAGCCAGACACUCGGGGGAAAAGGUCAUUUUUUUUAAUCAUCGAAUUGCAGACUUUUUAGAGGGAGAGAGGAGGUGAGUUUCUGACCAGUUUCAACUUUUCUAUUUUUGCCCUUUUUUUUCCUGGGACGGGGAAAUCCAUAGUGCCUCUUCCGGAGCUCAAGUGGGUCACUUGUUGGUUUCGUUCUUGGAAGUCCCCUACUCUCCAACUUGUUCUUCCUCUUCGCUGUCUAGGCCCGGCUCGCAACUUCUCCCUUUUUUCCCACACUGAAUAGUCUCUUCUCUUCUUUCCAUGGGCUCGUUUGUCUCAUUCUGGACUUCUCCUGGCGACUUCGUUUCUUGAUUGUUGGAAAGGUAAUCUCAAAUUCAACUUCUUUUAAUCCUCGCAGAUUGUGCUUUUUUUUGACUUGAUUGUCUUUAGGGGCGAAUCUUCAGUUGUCUGCGAAGAGGGUGAUGUUAUCUUCCUGUUUUAGCAUCUGGGUAUCUUGAUAUCGGGCAAAUCUUUACUGGGUUUGGGUUGAUAAUGGCUUUUGGAGCACUGGAUUGUGUGGGGUUGGUCUGAGGUCAACUUUGUUCUUUGAGGGUAGAUUUUUUUUCAUUCAGUGGAUUUUGGUUUGAGUGAUUGGGGGAUUUCAUGCUUGGUCCAAGACAAUGGAGAUGUCUAUGGCCGGAUUUCUAUUCCUUUAGCAUUCUUUACCGCGGCUUGUUGAGGAGAUGAUGAAGAACCUUCUCAAGAAGCUCCGCAUCAUGUCGAAUCAAACAGAAGAUAGGGAAGAGCUUAGUUCAUCUAUGGGCAGUAAGACCUGUGACGUAGUAUCAUCACCUGAUAGACUCACGCAAGCGCGAUCGUAUCAUUUCAGUGAGCACAAACCCUUUUCAGGGCUUUCUUCUUGGUUGCACUCAGUUACUAGUAAGCACGGACAUGGUGCCCCUUCAUCUUCGAAUGUAGUUAAGGGAGAGCCAAUGGAGCCAUCUGAUUCUGUCACUGUCAGUGGAGUGAGUAAUGAUCCAGAUGCAGCUUUGCCGGAUUCGGAGUCUAAUUCUAGAGAUCCUGAUGUAGAGGAGGAGUAUCAAAUACAAUUGGCGAUGGAGCUGAGUGCAAGGGAGGAUCCUGAGGCAGUUCAAAUUGAGGCUGUCAAGCAGAUUAGUUUGGGGUCUUGUGCACCAGAUAAUACUCCAGCUGAGGUUAUUGCUUAUAGAUACUGGAACUACAAUGCUCUUAGCUAUGAUGACAAAAUCGUGGAUGGUUUUUAUGAUCUAUAUGGGGUCCUGACUGCGUCAACCUCAGGGAGAAUGCCUUCGCUUGUUGAUUUGCAAGGAACACCGGUGUCUGAAAAUAUCGCUUGGGAAGCAGUUUUGAUCAACAGAGCUGCAGAUUCAAAUUUAUUGAAACUGGAAGAGAAAUCUCUAGAGAUGGCAGUCAGAUCAAGAUCAGUAUCUCUUGGUUUGUUACAGAGAAAUUUGGUGAGAAACCUAGCUGUUUUAGUUUCGGACUACAUGGGUGGACCAGUUGCAGAUCCAGAGAACAUGUUAAGAGCAUGGCAAAGUCUUGGCUAUAGUUUGAAAUCAACCCUUGGAAGUAUGGUUUUGCCUCUUGGUUCCUUGACUAUCGGGAUGGCUCGGCAUCGUGCUUUGUUGUUUAAGGUUUUGGCCGACAGCGUAGGUAUCCGAUGCCGGUUAGUGAAGGGGCAGCAGUAUACAGGUUCAGAUGAUGUAGCAAUUAACUUUGUAAAGCUUGAUGAUGGAAGGGAGUACAUAGUUGACCUCAUGGCUGAUCCAGGCACUCUCAUACCAUCUGAUGCGACGGGGUCACAUGCAGAAUUUGAUGAAUCAUUGUUAUCGGUCAGCCCUAUGUCAGGAGAUUCAUCACAUGCGGCCUCUUCUAGUAGUGGAGUUACCAGUUCAUAUGAAGAGCAGAUAGAAUUUGGGACAUCUGACAAGAGAUCCAGGUUCGGAACCGGUGCAGCUUCAGGAUUUGAGUCCAUUAAUGAAGGUGAAGUGCUGGCUGGUGUGAAUCUAACUAGGCCAAUCAUGGUGAAGGAAGAAGCCAAGAAAUCCACAGAAGAUCUGAUAGAUCAAUCCAAUUUGAAUAAGUUGGGGGGAAGAGAGAUCCUGGGAAGGCCUAGUUACCCUAACACGCAUGCAAGAUCUCCUUCAUGGACGGAAGGUGUGAGCUCACCUGCUGUUCACAGGAUGAAAGUAAAAGAUGUAUCAGAAUACAUGAUUGAUGCAGCCAAAGAGAACCCACAGUUAGCUGAGAAGCUUCACAACGUAUUACUUGAAAGUGGUGUCAUUGCUCCACCAAACUUAUUUAGUGAAAUUUAUCCCAGGCAGUUAGAUGCAUCAGCUGCUGAGACCAACUCACCAGCUGAGGACAAGCCUCUGAUAGGAAAUAAGAAUGAAAAGAGCCAUCAGGUUGGAAUUCAAGAUACUAAGGGUCAGGAUGAUAGAAGUGCAACUCGCUUUUUGCCUCCUUUGCCCCCCUAUAGACCGCAUUUGAAAACAACAAUCCCUUGGGGUCCACCAGAGCAACCCAAACCUGUAGAGGGUUUAGGAUUCAACCCUCCAUUAGAACUGUGGGAAGCAACUGGGCAACCGAUUUUGUCUCAAUCCGAUGCCACUCAGCCGGUAUAUGUGAAAAAUGUCCCUGUAGCGGCAGCAGCAGCAGCAGCUGCUGCAGUGGUGGCAUCGUCCAUGGUAGUUGCUGCUGCAAAGUCGAAUGCAGACUCAAAUCUUGAGCUUCCUGUUGCAGCUGCUGCCACAGCAACAGCUGCAGCCGUGGUGGCAACAACUGCAGCUGUCAAUAAGCAAUAUGAAGCAGGGGUGAAAAGUGACGGAGAUCCAGAUUCUGGUGGGAAUGAGCCACGAGAGAGUGUUAAUCGGGAGAGCGAUGCUACGGGAGUAAAUUCAGAAGGCGAGAGGGUUUCUGACAGAUCAACUGGUAAUGAAAGCACAAAAUCGGAUAUUGCCCUUGAUGAUGUUGCGGAGUGCGAGAUUCAAUGGGAGGAGAUCUCCUUGGGAGAGCGUAUAGGACUAGGAUCCUAUGGGGAGGUAUACCGUGGGGACUGGCAUGGAACUGAAGUUGCAGUUAAGAAGUUCCUAGACCAGGAUAUUUCUGGUGACAUGCUUGAAGAGUUCAAAAGUGAGGUCCGGAUAAUGAAGAAAGUGAGGCAUCCCAAUGUCGUUCUUUUCAUGGGUGCUAUAACUCGUCCUCCAAAUCUAUCAAUUGUUUCAGAGUUUCUUCAUAGAGGAAGUUUAUAUAGGCUCAUUCACCGGCCUAACAAUCAAUUAGAUGAGCGGAGGAGGUUAAGGAUGGCCCUUGAUGCAGCCCGGGGAAUGAAUUAUUUGCAUAACUGUAAUCCAGUUAUAGUACACCGCGACUUGAAGUCUCCCAACCUUCUUGUUGAUAAAAAUUGGGUCGUGAAGGUUUGCGAUUUUGGAUUAUCUCGGAUGAAGCAUAGCACAUACCUCUCAUCUAGGUCAACCGCUGGAACGGCAGAGUGGAUGGCUCCGGAGGUGCUGAGAAAUGAACCUUCAGAUGAAAAGUGCGAUGUCUAUAGCUUCGGGGUCAUAUUAUGGGAGUUGUCUACGCUACAACAACCUUGGGGAGGAAUGAAUCCUAUGCAAGUCGUUGGCGCUGUUGGCUUUCAGCACCGUCGGCUUGAGAUUCCGGAUGACAUGGACCCCACCAUCGCAGAUAUCAUCAAAAAGUGCUGGCAAACAGAUCCAAAAUUGAGACCGACGUUUGCUGAGAUCAUGGCUGCGCUGAAGCCUCUGCAGAAGCCCAUAACUAGCGGUACAACCCCAAGGCAAGGCCACUGAUGAGCAGUGAGCGUGACAAAUGUCCAAUGGAGGCGUCUGGUCGAAGUAGCGGAAUCACGAAUCAAAAGAUGUUGGCACGUCCCAUGUCACAUUGGCGGCAAAGUCUUUCAUUAUCGGGAAACUACGUGACGAUCGUAACUUCUGGGGAUGGUCAAUCCGAUACAUGGCGAUCGGCAAUUGUGAUUUUCUCUUUCACUGUCUUAGUUUUUCUGCCUUCCACAAGUUUGUGAAAUUCUUUGUACAGAUGUGCUUUCUUGUUGCAUAAUCAAUUUCUUUCUUUUUCGUCUGUCAAAUGGCAAAAUAAUUCAUCA